AUGGUCUACUUAGGUCUGUUAGGCAAAGGCCUUUUAGUAGCCAUCACUUGCUCGGCCGGCAUGGGCUUCAUCAUCUUCGGAUAUGAUGACGGAGUAAUUGGUGGGUUACUUACAGCGAAUUCAUUCAAAGAAACAUUUCAUCUCGGCUCCUCCAUGGAAGGCACAGUGACUGCACUUUUCGUGAUCGGCUGCCUGGUCGGAUGUCUAUGCACGAGCUUCAGUGGCGGACGCUGGGGUCGACUGACCAUCGCCCAAGUCGGAUCGGCCAUUUUGAGCCUCGGCGCUAUCAUCCAGGCUUCAAGUUAUACGGUAGCGCAGCUGAUUGUUGGAAGAAUUGUUGCUGGAAUGGGUCUUGGCUUGAUCACCAGCAACUUGGCUGUGUGGCAGUCUGAGACCUCAUCGCGGAAGAUACGAGGCACAUUGGUCGCGAUCUCUCUUAGCUUUCUCAUUUUGGGACAAGUUUUGGCAUACUGGAUUGACUAUGCGAUGUCGGAGUAUUUUAGCACAGUUUCUUGGAGAUUUCCGAUGGCAUUUCAGGCGGUUCUUGGGAUCAUUCUCAAUGUCAUGCUCUUCUUCAUGCCCGAGUCUCCUCGUUGGCUUUUCCAGCACGACCGGUACCAGGAAGGGACUGAAGUUCUUCGUCAUCUGCAAACAACCAAUGGCCAAGUGGAUGAAAUGGCUUUGGCUACCACGGUCGCAGAAAUCAAAGAUGCACUGGCACUUGAAACCGAGCAAAAAGGUUGGAUGGAUCUUCUUCGGGAUGACAAAGUCCAUUCUCGCCGCCGAGUCGCUUUGGCUUGUCUUCUGAACGCUUGUCAAGCUUGGAGUGGGAGUACACCAAUCAGUUAUUACACCACUGUGAUCUUCGAAGACUCAGUUGGUUUUAGUCAACAUUUCGCUCUGCUGAUGUCCGGGUUCCUGCAAAUUUGGUUUCUCAUUGCCUCGUUCGGCACCUGGUAUAGCAUUGAAAAAAUUGGACGCUGA